UAUAGGGAAAAGCAGAGAGAUUUAAAGAGAGAAAUUAAAAUGAAUAGCAGUGAUCAACAGGGAUCCCUAAAUAUGAUGAAAAGGCGGUGGUUGCAGGAUCACCAGAGAAGACUCAUGUCCCAACCCUACAUCAACAUGCUCGUUUCUCAAAAUAACAUCUCUUCUUCUUCUCCUCCUCCUCCUCCCAUUCAUAAAUUUCUAAAAGAGGAGGACGAUUUGAUAGCUGGAGUGAUUCCAGCGGUGACAGUGGUGGUGGAAGGCCGUUCAAUCUGCCACCGGAUCAGCCUUCACAAUCACGACGGUUACAACAGCCUAGCUAAGGCUCUCCGCCACAUGCUGGUGGACGACGAGCAGAAUGGCCAUGAUCAUGAAGAGCAAGAAGUGGGAGUUGAUCUGUCAAAUGCAGUACCAGGUCACAUCAUUGCUUAUGAAGACAUGGAAAAGGAUCUUCUUCUUGCGGGUGAUCUUAACUGGAAGGAUUUUAUAAGGGUGGCAAGGAGACUUCGCAUCAUUCCAGUGAAGGCGAAUUUAAGUAAAGGAAAAUGAUUUGAAUAAGAAUUGUCGAAGAGGAAACGAAUGUGUAGGCAUUUGUAUUUGAAACAUAUGUAGCU